AUGAGGAACUUCUGGAUUCUUGUAAUUCUUGGAUUUUUGGGUUACGGUAUCCAUGGAUACCGUAUACUGGCACCGGUAUCGCAUUAUAGGAUAGAAGCGAAACGAUUGGAGAAUUGGCCAAAAAAUAACUCCAGAAUCCAUGAAUUUCAACGACACCUUCGUGAGACCCUUAUCGAUGCGUACAUCGAUAACACGAACAGUAUCGAUUGGUACAACCGAGGAAUUUCAGAGUCGAAUUUUACGGCAGCGAUCUACGGAAUUCGUAUCUCAAGCACCAAGACUCAACGCUUCUGUGGUCAUUUGGCGGCAAGCAAGCCUAUUUUAAAAAGUGGCAUUUAUUUCAAGCCGUCCAAACUUGUCCCAAUUCCAGUGGCAAAAGCUCUUCCAGGCGAUUCCUUCCUGAAAAUCGUCGAUCUGGAGACACGUCGACCGGAUUGGACCCCGUUUGAUAAGGAAUUGGUGCAGUUUGAAAUACAAAACGCUUACAAUGGUCGGUGUAAGAUACGGGAGAUACUGAUAGAGCUCGAUGGCUCUUGGAAUAAUCGAUAUCAACGGGAAAUGAAUUAUCGAUCGCUGGUUGUGAUUCAUAGUGAUACGGUGCGGAAACGUAUUACUUGGGAUGGUGAUUGUGAUGAGACAAAGGGAAUGAAUCAACCGUGCUGCCUCUGGAAAUUCCACGUCAGCGACCCGGAUGGAACGCCUCGAGAGUUCCGUCGCUGCUUUGGCUCCGUGCCAAGGGAAUCGACAAAAAAUACGCUGGUUCCCGAAAAAUUAGCGGAUUUAUUGAUUUUCGGAGGGCUGACUCGGCGAUUCUUGAGUAUUGAGAAUCAAGUGUGUCGUGGCAUCGAGUUUCGACCGUUUUAUUUGCGGAAACCCGAUGGGACGGUUGUGAAACUAAACAAAUUGGACACCACAAAAUGUGCAGCAUUUUACUGA